AUGUCCGCCCAACCGAUGUCUCCCCGUCAAGCCGCUCUGGCCCAUCAAGUGACUCCGACCGACGGACUCACCUCGGCCUUCGUGAGUUCCCCCUGCAAUCCUUUCAGGAAACUCCAAUCUUAGAUCGACCUUCACGUUUAUCUCUCCCAAUCGCAUGGUUUUCUCUUCGAUAUGUUCAUGACGUACGUGGAGAGCGCCGGAAUCAAAAGGGACCACGUCACCUACAUCGGCUUCUGCCUCGCCGGCGCAUACCUCAUUUUCGGAUCGGCCGCCCGUCUCUUCUGCAAUCUCAUCGGCUUCGGCUACCCAAUGUACGCGUCUGUGAAGGUAUUCCGAGGAAAAGAGUAUCGGAAACAUAACUGGCAAAUUCAGGCGAUUCGGACCAAAGAGACGGACGACGACACGGUGUGGCUCAUCUACUGGACGUGCUUCGCCGUUCUCUGCCUCUUUGACUUCUUCGCCGAAUUCAUUUGCUCGUUUUUCCCCUUCUAUUACAUCUUCAAGGCGAUAUUCCUCGUAUACCUGUACCUUCCGCAGACUCGCGGAUCCGUCAUGUUCUACGAGAAAGUCGUGAAUCCGCUGGUCGUGUUCGUAGAUGAGAACAUUGAGCAGUUCAGAAAGCGUGAGUGA